GCGGGCGGCCGCCCAGGCGAGGUGCGGCCUCCGCUCGGGCGGGGGGCGUCGGCGUCGCGGGGCCCCGCCAUGGCCGCGUCCGAGCUCUACACAAAGUUUGCCAGAGUUUGGAUACCUGACCCUGAGGAAGUUUGGAAGUCAGCAGAGCUGCUCAAAGAUUAUAAACCAGGAGAUAAAGUCCUCCUGCUUCACCUUGAGGAAGGAAAGGAUUUGGAAUAUCGUCUAGAUCCAAAGACCAAGGAACUGCCUCACUUGAGAAACCCUGACAUCCUCGUGGGUGAGAAUGACCUCACAGCCCUCAGCUAUCUUCAUGAGCCUGCUGUGCUCCACAAUCUCAGAGUCCGCUUUAUUGACUCCAAACUUAUUUAUACAUAUUGUGGUAUAGUCCUAGUAGCUAUAAAUCCUUAUGAACAGCUGCCUAUUUAUGGAGAAGAUAUUAUUAAUGCCUAUAGUGGUCAGAAUAUGGGUGAUAUGGAUCCACAUAUCUUUGCAGUAGCUGAAGAAGCUUACAAGCAAAUGGCCAGAGAUGAACGAAAUCAGUCCAUCAUCGUAAGUGGAGAGUCUGGGGCAGGAAAAACAGUCUCAGCUAAGUAUGCCAUGCGAUACUUUGCAACUGUGAGUGGUUCUGCCAGUGAAGCCAAUGUUGAGGAAAAGGUCUUGGCCUCCAACCCCAUCAUGGAGUCCAUUGGAAAUGCUAAGACAACCAGGAAUGAUAAUAGCAGCCGUUUUGGGAAGUAUAUUGAAAUUGGUUUUGAUAAGAGAUAUCGAAUCAUUGGUGCCAAUAUGAGAACUUAUCUUUUAGAGAAAUCCAGAGUGGUAUUCCAGGCAGAAGAGGAGAGAAACUAUCAUAUCUUCUAUCAGCUUUGUGCUUCAGCAAAGUUACCUGAAUUUAAAAUGCUGCGAUUAGGAAAUGCAAAUAACUUUCAUUACACGAACCAAGGUGGCAGUCCUGUGAUUGAAGGAGUUGAUGAUACCAAGGAGAUGGCACAUACCAGGCAGGCCUGCACUCUGCUAGGAAUUAGUGAGUCUUAUCAGAUGGGAAUUUUCCGAAUACUUGCUGGCAUCCUUCACUUAGGCAACGUUGCAUUUAUAUCUCGGGAUUCAGACAGCUGUACAAUACCUCCCAAGCAUGAACCUCUCAGCAUCUUCUCUGACCUUAUGGGCGUGGACUAUGAAGAGAUGUGUCACUGGCUCUGCCAUCGGAAACUGGCUACCACCACAGAGACAUAUAUCAAACCCAUCUCGAAGCUGCAGGCCACGAAUGCCCGUGAUGCGUUGGCCAAGCACAUUUAUGCCAAGCUCUUUAGCUGGAUUGUAGAUCAUGUCAAUCAGGCCCUCCAUUCUGCUGUCAAACAACACUCUUUUAUUGGAGUGCUGGACAUAUACGGAUUUGAAACAUUUGAGAUAAAUAGUUUUGAACAGUUUUGCAUAAAUUAUGCAAAUGAAAAACUACAGCAACAAUUCAAUAUGCAUGUCUUCAAAUUAGAACAGGAAGAAUAUAUGAAGGAACAAAUUCCAUGGACACUCAUAGAUUUUUAUGAUAAUCAGCCUUGCAUUAAUCUUAUAGAAUCUAAACUGGGCAUUCUAGAUUUGCUGGAUGAGGAAUGCAAGAUGCCUAAAGGCACAGAUGACACUUGGGCCCAAAAAUUGUACAACACACAUUUGAACAAAUGUGCGCUCUUUGAAAAGCCCCGUCUAUCAAACAAAGCUUUCAUCAUCCAACAUUUUGCUGACAAAGUGGAAUACCAGUGUGAAGGCUUUUUGGAAAAAAAUAAAGACACUGUCUUUGAAGAACAAAUUAAAGUUCUGAAAUCCAGCAAGUUUAAGAUGCUACCAGAAUUAUUUCAAGAUGAUGAGAAGGCCAUCAGUCCAACAUCAGCCACCUCGUCAGGGCGCACACCCCUCACUCGUAUUCCUGCAAAGCCCACCAAAGGCAGACCAGGCCAGACGGCCAAAGAGCACAAGAAAACAGUGGGGCACCAGUUCCGAAACUCCCUUCACCUACUUAUGGAGACCCUCAAUGCCACUACCCCUCACUAUGUACGCUGCAUUAAGCCCAAUGACUUCAAGUUCCCAUUCACGUUUGACGAGAAGAGAGCAGUGCAGCAGCUGAGAGCAUGCGGCGUCCUGGAAACCAUCCGCAUCAGUGCAGCGGGCUUCCCCUCACGGUGGACUUACCAAGAAUUUUUUAGCCGCUACCGUGUCCUAAUGAAGCAAAAGGAUGUGCUGAGUGACAGAAAGCAAACGUGCAAGAAUGUGUUAGAGAAACUGAUACUGGACAAGGACAAAUACCAGUUUGGUAAGACAAAGAUCUUUUUCCGUGCUGGUCAAGUGGCCUAUCUAGAGAAACUGAGGGCAGACAAGCUGAGGGCUGCCUGCAUCCGGAUCCAGAAGACCAUCCGAGGGUGGCUGCUGCGAAAGAAGUACCUGCGCAUGCGGAAGGCGGCCAUCACUGUGCAGAGAUAUGUGCGAGGCUACCAGGCCCGAUGCUAUACUAAGUUCCUGCGCAGAACCAAGGCAGCAACCAUUAUUCAGAAGUACUGGCGCAUGUAUAUAGUCCGCAGGAGAUACAAUAUAAGACGAUUGGCCACUAUUGUUCUUCAGUCUUAUUUGCGAGGUUACUUGGCCAGAAAUAGAUAUCGCAAGAUGCUCCGUGAGCACAAAGCAGUUAUCAUUCAGAAGUGGGUCCGGGGCUGGCUGGCUCGCACCCACUACAAGAGGAGCAUGUAUGCCAUCAUUUACCUUCAGUGUUGCUUCCGGCGGAUGAUGGCCAAGCGCGAGCUGAAGAAGCUCAAGAUCGAGGCCCGCUCCGUGGAGCGCUACAAGAAGCUCCACAUUGGCAUGGAGAACAAGAUCAUGCAGCUGCAGCGCAAAGUGGAUGAGCAGAACAAAGACUACAAAUGCCUCAUGGAGAAACUGACCAAUCUGGAAGGAAUAUAUAACUCUGAGACCGAGAAACUACGAAGUGACUUAGAGCGUCUCCAACUAAGUGAGGAGGAAGCUAAGAUUGCUACUGGACGGGUCCUCAGUCUGCAGGAAGAAAUUGCCAAGCUCCGGAAAGACCUGGAACAAACUCAGUCGGAGAAAAAGUCCAUUGAGGAGUGUGCAGAUAGAUACAAACAGGAAACCGAGCAGCUGGUAUCAAAUCUGAAGGAAGAAAAUACUUUGCUGAAGCAGGAAAAAGAGGCCCUCAAUCAUCUUAUCGUGGAGCAGGCUAAGGAGAUGACAGAGACUAUGGAGAAGAAGUUAGUAGAAGAAACAAAACAACUGGAACUCGAUCUUAAUGAUGAAAGGCUGAGAUAUCAGAACCUUCUGAAUGAGUUCAGUCGCUUAGAAGAACGCUACGAUGACCUCAAGGAAGAGAUGACUCUGAUGGGGAAUGUGCCUAAGCCUGGACACAAGAGAACAGACUCCACCCACAGCAGCAACGAGUCUGAAUACACCUUUAGCUCUGAAAUUGCAGAAACUGAAGAUAUGCCCUUGAGGACAGAGGAGCCAAGUGAGAAGAAGGUGCCUCUGGACAUGUCAUUGUUCCUCAAGCUCCAGAAGCGGGUCACAGAGCUGGAGCAGGAGAAGCAGGUGAUGCAGGAUGAGCUGGACCGCAAGGAGGAGCAGAUGCUCCGCAGCAAGGCAAAGGAAGAAGAAAGACCACAAAUUAGAGGUGCAGAAUUGGAAUAUGAGUCACUCAAGCGUCAGGAGCUGGAAUCAGAAAACAAAAAACUGAAAAAUGAGCUAAAUGAGCUACGCAAGGCCCUUAGUGAGAAAAGUGCCCCAGAGGUGACGGCUCCAGGUGCACCAGCCUAUCGUGUCCUCAUGGAGCAGCUGACCUCUGUGAGUGAGGAGCUUGAUGUCCGUAAGGAGGAAGUCCUCAUCUUGAGAUCUCAGCUGGUGAGCCAGAAGGAGGCCAUCCAACCUAAGGAUGACAAGAACACAAUGACAGAUUCCACAAUACUUUUGGAAGAUGUACAAAAAAUGAAAGAUAAAGGUGAAAUAGCCCAAGCAUACAUUGGUUUGAAAGAAACGAACAGAUCACCUGCUAUGGAUUGCCAUGAGUUGAAUGAGGAUGGAGAGCUGUGGCUGGUUUAUGAAGGGUUAAAACAAGCCAACAGGCUCCUGGAAUCCCAGCUGCAGUCACAGAAGAGGAGCCACGAAAAUGAGGCAGAAGCCCUUCGUGGGGAGAUCCAGAGCCUGAAGGAGGAGAACAACCGGCAGCAGCAGCUGCUGGCCCAGAACCUGCAGCUGCCCCCGGAGGCCCGCAUCGAGGCCAGCCUGCAGCAUGAGAUCACCAGGCUGACCAACGAAAACUUGUAUUUUGAGGAAUUAUAUGCAGAUGACCCUAAGAAGUAUCAGUCAUAUCGGAUUUCACUUUACAAACGGAUGAUUGAUUUGAUGGAACAGCUUGAAAAACAAGAUAAGACUGUUCGGAAACUGAAAAAACAACUGAAAGUAUUUGCCAAAAAAAUUGGUGAACUAGAAGUGGGCCAGAUGGAGAACAUAUCCCCAGGACAGAUUAUUGAUGAACCCAUCCGUCCAGUCAACAUUCCAAGGAAAGAAAAGGAUUUCCAAGGAAUGCUGGAAUACAAGAAGGAGGAUGAACAGAAGCUUGUUAAGAACCUGAUUCUGGAACUGAAGCCACGUGGUGUGGCAGUCAAUUUGAUUCCAGGGUUACCAGCAUAUAUCCUGUUCAUGUGUGUUCGACAUGCUGACUACCUGAAUGAUGAUCAGAAAGUAAGGUCAUUGCUAACAUCAACAAUUAACAGCAUCAAAAAAGUAUUAAAGAAAAGAGGUGAUGAUUUCGAAACCGUGUCCUUCUGGCUCUCUAACACAUGCCGAUUUUUGCACUGUUUGAAGCAGUACAGUGGCGAGGAGGGCUUUAUGAAACACAACACAUCUCGCCAGAAUGAACACUGCCUCACCAAUUUUGACCUGGCUGAGUACCGGCAGGUGCUAAGUGACUUGGCUAUUCAGAUCUACCAGCAGCUCGUGCGGGUGUUAGAGAACAUCCUGCAGCCAAUGAUCGUCUCUGGCAUGCUGGAGCACGAAACCAUUCAGGGUGUUUCUGGCGUGAAGCCCACGGGGCUCAGAAAGCGAACCUCCAGCAUCGCAGACGAGGGCACCUACACACUGGAUUCCAUCCUUCGGCAGCUCAACUCCUUCCACUCGGUCCUAUGUCAGCACGGCAUGGACCCUGAACUGAUCAAGCAGGUGGUCAAGCAGAUGUUCUACAUCGUUGGGGCCGUCACCCUGAACAACCUCCUCCUGCGCAAGGACAUGUGCUCCUGGAGUAAAGGCAUGCAGAUCAGGUACAAUGUCAGUCAACUGGAAGAAUGGCUGCGUGACAAGAAUCUGAUGACUAGCGGGGCUAAGGAAACCCUGGAACCUCUCAUUCAGGCUGCUCAGCUCUUACAAGUGAAAAAGAAGACAGAUGAUGAUGCAGAAGCUAUCUGUUCCAUGUGCAGUGCUCUGACUACUGCCCAGAUUGUCAAAGUGUUGAAUUUGUAUACUCCAGUUAAUGAGUUUGAAGAAAGAGUCUCUGUAUCAUUUAUUCGUACUAUACAGAUGCGUUUACGAGACAGGAAAGACUCUCCUCAGCUGCUCAUGGAUGCUAAACACAUCUUUCCUGUCACCUUUCCUUUUAACCCAUCCUCCCUUGCACUAGAAACCAUCCAGAUUCCAGCCAGCCUGGGCCUGGGAUUCAUAUCACGGGUCUGAAGGUGAUGUGAUGUCAAGGCAAACAGUGACAAUAAGAACCCAUUAUUUCUAGUGAGCUACUGAAAAGACAUUUUUAAAGAGACAGUACUAAUUAUCUUUCAAACGAGAGAUUAUUAAUCGGAAAUCUCCCUAAAUACUUUCAUCAUCUUGGAAAGAACGAUAGGCUUCUUUGUGCUGUGUUACCUUACCAGCAACACUCACCCUGGAUCAGUUAGGUAUCCCGAGGUACAUGCAGGUGAAUGACAGAAGGAAAAGGGAAAAAAAGGUCUCCAGCUGCCAGCAUUUAUUUUAAAUCCUUAGCACUGCAUCCAAAUGGUAUGGUAAAAAUGAAAAUUCCAGGUAUGAGCUGUUGUUAGGAAGGCACCUACAAAGAGCCUCCUCUACGCGGGCUGGAAGAAUUGAAAGAAAAAUUGCCAUUGAGUACAUAUCAUAACAGUUCAGGAAUCAGUUAUGUUGAUGCUGUCAAACUGGAUCAAAGAAAUAAACUGGCAAUAUGUAAAGUACUUGGUCAAGUAAAUUCCUUAUAUGUGUCACUAUGAUAUAGAGAUAUUAAGAGAAUGUUGGUUUGCCAUAUAGCAUAGAAGUCCAUUUGUACUGUAGUUUACUGAGCAUUUUAAAUUGCUGCUACAAACUGUGUUCUUUAAUAUAUAAACGAUAUUCUUAUUAGGCACUACAAUAAUAAGCUUCUCUUUUAUCGACUCUGUUUACAAUUCAAUCAGAUCAGUUUUAACUGGAUUAUGUGCAAAUAUAUACAGAUUCACCUGCACAAGUAGCAGACACUGGGAAGUCAUGUAGUAAUAUGACAAAAUAUUUGACAUUUAGGGAUAGGAUUAGACAAAGUGGCUGUUGUUGAUGUCAUUAUUUAUUCAGAAUGUAUUACAUUGAUGUGCUCAUUCAUUUUCCCUGGGUGGAUAUCACAUCAGGGUACAGUGUUCUGUGAAGUGACUUAUUUUUAGUUCCCAGACCAGAUUCCUGCUCUGCAUAUUUUCAAUCCUGACAGGUUUUCUUUCUUCUUCUUAAUUUAUUAAGAAUUAAUCUCAGUCACUAUCUAGAGAAGAUUCAGGUCUUGAAACCUUGAUUAUCCUAUAAAUUAUGCAAAAGAAGGUGUAUAAUAAAUACUAUGGUUCCAUUUUUUUUAGGCUUUGCAAGUUCUGUAAAUGUUCUCAGUACCACUAGAUACUUUAAGGAGCAUCGUAUUAGGAAUACUUUAAGACUUAUGUAAGGAAUACAAGAAGAUUGCUAAAUUUUACAGAGGAUAUGUUUCAAUAAAACCCAGAUCCUAUAAGUUUCAUUCUGAAAUCCUAAUUAAACAUAUUCUCAGUUUUUCCUGGAAAUCCUAGACAGUGGGUCUUUCAGGUUGUGCAAGAGCAAAUUCUUAGCUUUCAUUAGAAACUCUGGUUCUGAAUCACAAACAUAGAUUUAUAUACCUUAACUGUUAGAUGGUCUAUGAAAAAUGACAUCUUAUUAAAACAUGUGCAAUAUUAAUGGAAGUCAGUUUCAAAUCAUGAUAAAGAUUGUUAUUAAAAGAUAAACACUGUUAACUUAUUUGGGCCUCACAUUCCUCAUUUAUACAAUAAGAGGGUUGGACCCUUCCAUAUCUAAAAUUUCUCUUCUCUUGGCACUUGGAUUAUAGAGAAACUAGAUGCAGUUACUCAGUAAGUUCACCCUGAUAUGGAAAGAUCAGUGUUUGGUGCCUCUUAAUCCUGGGGGAUUAAUUAAAUGUAAAAUUACAAGUUGGUGUAGCUGUAAUCCUUCUUAAAUGUACAUGAUUUACAUGCUUUUUGAACGUGGAUUAGUUUGGGUAAUUUUUAUUGAAUCAUAUACUGCUGCAUUCAGGUUGGAUACAUUUAUUUAUUUGCAAAAUCAGCCCAAAACACUACUGAUUCAAUCAGGUUCUCUUACUUUUCCCCAGUUGUCAAUGUGGUUUUCAAUGAACUGACUCACUGCAUAGGGGAGAUGCUAAAAAAAAUGCCACCAUGGUGUAGGCUGUCCACCUCGGACUGGGAAAUCCUCUCAGGCCCUUCCCCAGCUUAGUCCCUGUGUAACAUGUCCUGUGCACACCCUGAAUCUUGUCAGGUCUUCAAGAGCACACUGUAGCUCCCACUGCCAUUGCAGCCCUUUAUCGUACCCCAGACAGCUCGUAUCCUGAAAUGUCUCUCUCUCGUCUCCUGCCUUUGUGCUGGAAAGUGCUGGAGCCUCCGUUCCACACCUGGGCCAGAAUCUCUCCUGUUUGGUGAUGGUCACACAAAGAUUCUACUAUUCCAGGCUCCAGCUUCCUCUAAGGCCUACCCAGGACCCCAGAUGGGGAUCUGAAUCAACUUCUCGUAGCAGCCUAAAGAUCUGUAGUCAUAACAAGAAUACCUUACAACCAGGGACCCCCAAUACCUGGUAAAUGACUCUGUGUGCUACUUUCUUGAGGCUGCAACAAUAAUCUGACUAGGGCUUUCCUUUAGACCCUCUGAGGACAGCUCACCCUCUCUCCAACCACAUUUUCUCACCCGGCUUGAAACCUACCUUCCCCAGCCGUCCACCUGCCCAUUCCACCCUUCACUCUUACCCUUCCCUCAGCCCAACCGUGCAUCACGUCACCUGCCUGCUCACCGACUCUGACCGUGUGCAAGGCAGCAAAUGGAGUCAGUCCUCAGUUGCCCCCCGGCCUCCCUUCAGGCUGAUAUUGUUGUUCUCGCUUCUUGGCAGUACAUUCCUUAACAUCGUCACUAAUUUGCUUUUUCAUAUCUCCCCUGUGAUACACAGUGGGAAUUCAAAGAAAGAUCUUGAAAGAACAGGGUUCUGUCUUAAUAGCUCCUUCUCAACAGUCUCCCCACUCACCUUACAUACAGACUCCGCUCACAUCUGGGAAUGCAAGGCUGAAAAAUGAGCAGUUUUCCUUGUAGCUUUUCUUCGGUUAAAGCUUUGGUCUACCUGACCUGAGAGUAACUAUAAAGAAGGGGGAAGGUCAGAUCCAGAAAGCGAUUCCUUUGGAAGUUUUGAAAAAUCUCCAUGUACCUGACACUUCUAUCAUCGAGUGCAAAAGUACAAAAAGAUACAUUCCAAAGCCUACCGGAAGGAUAUUUGGAGAUUCCGGUCAGUUUGUACGAUUUGCUUUAUUGCCUUUGUUUCAGUGGGUAUUGAGAGUUGAGUUGGCUUUUUCUGGGUGAGUAAUUAUGUGUCAUAUAGAAUAUAGAUCAGAUCUUUUAGUAACAUGUGAGGGCGGCUAACCCUAGGUAAAAGGGCACCUGUCCUAUCCUGAGAAAUCCUCACACAAUAGUCAUAUAUCCACCUGGCCUCCCCCCUCUCUCUCUCUCUCUCUCUUUUUCUCCUUCUCUGUGCCCCUCCAGCUCUCUCUCUCUCUCUCUCACACACACACACACAGAGUUACCAGAAUGUAGAGUUCCCCAGGCGGCAUCCUCAAGGAUCCCCUGGGUAACUUCAACUGUUUGGGAUGAAACAGAAAGCAAAAACGAGCGUGUGACCCUUACAAUCUCCUGCUGAGAGUAGUGCAGACCAGGACCUUGCAUCUGGCUAUGCUUUUCUUAGGCACACGUCGUCCUCUGUUACCUCAUUGUAUCCUCACAACAGUGCUGGAAGGUCGAAAGGGUAGCUUGCUGAUGAUAAUUUGAGAAAGAGAUGGUCGGUGAUGUGCUGAGGUCACACUGCCCUCCCGCGGUGCCCCUUUCCUGCUUGCAGCCCUGGCCGUGCGGUGGGCAGGUGGAGGCAGGAGACUGAAAAGUCUGCAGGGGACAUUCUGUUUCUCCUGGUACCUGUGGGGUGCCCUGGGUCAGCAAGAGGUAUUCUUUUUUUUCCCUCUCUCUCUUAUCAGAAUUGGCAACUGGCAUAUAGGAACUGAGCAAGUGCGACAUCCCAGGUUCUUCGUGCUAACAAGAUGAAGUGCCCGGAGCCUGGUGGCUUUCUCCUUGUCCGUUCCCUGCUAUACCUAGGUUUGAUUUUUAUGAUGAGUCAGAGCUCCCUUGGAGGGUGCAAUACUCUGCGUUUAGGUCUUUAAUUAGACGCAGGCCAUCUCAACCUGGCUGGAAGGCGUGCAAGCCUCCCCAGAGUGAGGUAGGUCACUCUCAACGCCCACUCCUCAGAGCCACAUAGAGCUGCCAGGUGUGCUGAGCAGCCUGCAGCCAAGCCGCCUGGCACCUCCUGAGGCCUGUCCCCGGGCCAGCCAUGUACAAGUCAGUGUGUCUGAACGUUACAGUGUGUGCAUGCUGCCAGGGUUGCCUCCGGAGCUGGGAGGGUGCUCCGUGCAUGCAUGUUAGAGGGGCUCCGGGCAUUGCUGGGGCCGCUGUUCAUGGGUAAGUGCGGCGUGAUUUCUUCUCAGGCUGUGCUGUGAGGACCGCCUUAACCCCUGCUCCCUUCCCUCCGAGAGCUGCCUUAAGUUCUCUGGAACUUCUCCUCGGUAAGGGCCUGACUUACCGGGAGAGGAUAUCUUGCCCUGUUUCUCAAGGUUUUGGGAGGGUUUUGGUUGGGUGUGGCCUCCAACCAUGGAUUCCUGUCUCUCCUUCCUGCAUGACUGUCCCUCCUGGGACUUCGCCUUCCUUUCUUUUCUGUGAUCAAACAGGUAUCAGAACUCAGCACCAGUCUCAGAGCCGGUGAAUGUGGGCAGAGAGAGUGGUCCUGAGUUUGGGGGGGGCUUUGUGUCACAAGGAAGCAAAUGAACAUAUGGAAGAAAUAGAUAAGUUAGCUUCUUGGUAAUGCUUGAAUGGCAUGUUUCCCCCUGAUCUUUUCUUAAUACAGGUAAAGGGUACAACUGUAAGGCAUUCCAUAGACAUGCUUUAAAAAAUUUUUUUAGGAACCCUGUACUAUAUAUAAAAGUUUGAAUGAAAACAGAGAAGAGUUCUGUAAGUUCUAAUCCAUUGCAUUACCCCAAAUUAAAUCAACUUGGAGUUAUAUACAGUAGAUUUCUCAGUAGAUCACGAACUGAAAGGUACUUUGUAAAAUAGCUGCCAAAAUGCAUUUUUGUACAUUUUUUAAUUUUCUAAUUUGGUCUAGCGAAAAUGUUCAUUAGCUUAACUUCAUGAGUAUCAUUAGCUUCCUAAAAUGACUGAAAAUGACUAACGUUUCCUUAGUAUUGUGAUACAGCUUGAGAUAUUUGAAAGAAACAUGUUUUUCGAGUGGAAACUGGUAUGUAUAAUUCAAUGCUUGGUAGGUCAGUACAUUUUCAUGCAUUUUGCAGUCAAUAGUUUCAAAUAUCUUAUUGUUACCGUAUGUUAUAAAACUUUAGCCUACAUUUCAGGCUCUCUAAAUCACUUGAGGCAUUUAAUAUUUUCCAACAAAUGGUGACUUUUUCCUUUAAAUGUGGAUAUGUAUGUUGUAAUUUAUGAUUGCUGGUUAUGUAUUUUUUGUGGACUCCUGGAGUAAUGUUCACUUUUUUUGCGCCCUUGGAAAAUUUAAAUUGCUCUACCAGUGUUACACAGAAAUGAGCUCAUCAUGACAUUUAACAUAUUGUAUUUGAAUUGCUAAUUUUAAUUAUUAAUUUACUGUGAAAUGGAUAUGUUGUUUAACUACAAUGAAACUGAACAUUGCAGUUUUUCAAAUAUUUUUCCUUAUUGGAUCUGGAAAAGGAGUUCUAUUUUGAUCUACAUCGAAAAACAUGAUACAGUUAAUCAUUGAAAAGUUCUUAGGUAAAAUAUUCAUCCAUUAGGAAAGAAGCAGAAAUACUAAGAAGUGAAGGGCAUUAUCAACUAACUCUGGUUUUAAACUGAAACUGUCCCAGCAUACCUUAUGUGGAAUUUUAAAAAAUAAAUUAAUAAUUCACCUCAUAUCAACAAAAGCCUUUGAAACAUGGGUUUUCACUAGUUAUCAUCUAGUGCUAAGAUGAAAACCAAAACAAUAUCAGAUUGACAUUUACGCUCUAAAUUUGUAGUUGUCUAAUGUUGUCCUUAGUAAAUGUGCAUCAUUAAUGCUGUAUUCUCCUAGCUAUUAUAGAAAUUGUUCAAAUAAAGAUAUGGAA